GCAUUGACGUUAUCCAUUUUGGUACAGCUAAGUUUUUCCCCCAAAAAGUCUUCUCUGCUCACAGCACCACCACAAAAGAGAUGUCAUGGUCCAAAAACAAAGCUAGCAGUAAGGAAUGCUUUUGAAAUGAAUGGUGCAAGUGCAAAGCCAUUCAAAGAUCAACCCCUCACCUUCACCAAGAGGCUUCUUCCCUGCACACUUCAUUCUCUUCUCACCAUAGCUCUCCUUCCCAUUUGUCUGCUUUGUUUAUACUUUUAUCCUCUGCUUCAUCUUUCCAACCCCAUCACCAACCACUCCUCUCUUUCUCCUUCUCCACCUUCUCCUCCACCAUCUACUUCUUAUUCAGUAAAUGACAAAGCUUAUGAGAAACCUUGUGACUACUUUAAUGGAAAAUGGGUCAAUGAUAAGAGAGGCCCUUUGUACAAUGGUACCACUUGUGGCACUAUCAAAGAAAGCCAUAAUUGCAUAACCAAUGGGAGACCUGACUCUGACUUUCUUUACUGGAGAUGGAAACCCAAUGAAUGCAAUAUUCCAAGGUUUGAGCCUCACACUUUUCUCCAACUCAUUAGGAACAAGCAUGUAGCUUUUGUUGGAGACUCUCUAGCUAGGAACCAAUUAGAGUCCCUUCUUUGUAUGUUAUCCCCUGCUUCAACACUGAAACUUCUCCACCAUAAAGGUGCUCGUUGGUGGCACUUUCCUUCUCACAAUGCAACGUUAUCAUCAUAUUGGUCCCCUUUUCUUGUGCAAGGUGCUGAAAGAUUGAAAUCAGGGCCACAUCAUAACACAAUGUAUUUGGAUCAUGUUAAUGAGAAGUGGGCUAAGGAUAUGGAUAAAAUGGACUUAAUUGUGCUAUCAGUUGGGAAUUGGUUUUUGGUUCCUUCAGUUUACUAUGAGGGUGGUUCAGUUGUAGGUUGCUUAAACUAUCAUGGUCUUAAUUGCACUGAAAUUGGUUUUUAUGGUCCAUUAAGAAAGGCUUUAAGGAUUUCUCUCAAUAGCAUAAUUGAGAGGAAAGCAGCUAAAGGAAAUGGAGUUGAUGUAAUUUUGAGAACAUUCUCACCUUCUCAUUUUGAUGGUGGUUGGGAUAAGGCUGGUGUUUGUUCAAAUACUGAACCUUAUAGUAAGGGGGAGAAGCAACUUGGAGAAAUGGAUGCUGAGAUUAGAAGGAUUGAAAUGGAAGAACUAGAAGAUGCAAAGGUAAAAGCCAAACAAUUUGGUGGGUUUAGGUUGGAGGCACUAGAUGUAACCCAAUUGGCAUUGUUGAGACCAGAUGGUCAUCCAGGUGCUUAUAUGAAACCUUUUCCAUUUGCUAAUGGGGUUCAAGAGCGUGUGCAGAAUGAUUGUGUUCAUUGGUGCUUGCCCGGGCCUAUAGACACAUGGAAUGAGAUUUUUCUUGAGAUGGUGAAGAAGUGGAAGGAGCAACCUAGAAGUGAAGAGUGAGGCAUUCAUUUUAUCUUGUUCAUAAUUUAUUACACUAAUCAUUCCUUAGAGAGGUAAUGUUUAUUCUGCUUACGUUUUCUUCUUCCAUAGUGAAAUGAAUAUAUGUUCAUGUGUAGAGUCAGUAGAGAGGUACUUACUUUGUAAAUUUCCAAUUUGAAAUUUGAUGACCAAAAUAUUUGGGGCUA